AUGUCCAAAGCAGAAAUUGGUUUAAAGAUAGAAACUCUCCUUGAACAGAUGAGUGAGAGCGUUCAGAAAAAGUAUGGCGGAUUUAAGUCUAAAAGGCGUGAUGAGUUGUUAAAAAUAUUAGAAGUGGGAAGGUUGUUAUUCAAGUCAGAUAAUGAAUUCGAGAACAGUAUGAUGGUGUGUGAGAAAGAUGUAGUGAGAGUGAAGAUAGAAAUGCAGAAUAGAUGA